UGUCGGAAAAAAAACUGUCAAAGGGGAGUAACACACGUGCUGAAGGAAGCUGUUGAGAGAACAUGAAAGCUAAACUCUGACUGAAAAGACUUAAUAGCAACAUUUUGUGUUCCGUGUCCACCCGUUAACAGAGUCAGACGACACGGGUCCUCCCGGCUUCCCAGAGGCGCGCGCAGCAGGACAGCGGUUGGACAGUUUAACUAAGCCAGAAGGAGAUCAGCACUCGGGGCGAAGAGAGUUCUUGGUCUCUUCUUCCAGGGCCUGUGUGUGUGUGUAUAUGUAUAUUUGCUCGUUGCCUUAGCAGCUUGUUAAGUUUAUGUCUAUUAGACUGAAGGACUGGUGAGGGUUAUUUGACCAUCAUGGCGGACUACCUGAUCAGCGGGCAGACCGGUUACGUCCCUGAUGACGGGCUAACGGGACAGCAGCUGUUCAACGGAGGAGACGGGCUGACAUACAACGACUUCCUGAUUUUGCCAGGCUACAUUGACUUCACAGCAGAUCAAGUGGACCUGACCUCAGCACUCACCAAACAAAUCACCAUGAAAACUCCCCUCGUCUCCUCUCCAAUGGACACUGUCACAGAGGCCAGCAUGGCCAUCGCAAUGGCGCUAACGGGCGGUAUUGGCUUCAUCCACCACAACUGUACUCCAGAGUUCCAGGCCAAUGAAGUUCGCAAAGUCAAGCGUUACGAGCAGGGCUUCAUCACGGACCCUGUGGUGAUGAGCCCCAACAAGUGUGUACGGGACGUCUUCCAGGCCAAGGCUCGUCACGGCUUCUGCGGAAUCCCCAUCACAGACAACGGCAAAAUGGGCGGCAAGCUGGUGGGCAUCAUCUCUUCCAGAGACAUCGAUUUUCUGAAGGAGGAGGACCACGGCCUGCCACUGAGCGAGGUGAUGACAAAGCGAGAGGAUCUAGUGGUCGCCCCUGCUGGAGUGACGCUGAAAGAAGCCAAUGAAAUCCUCCAGAGGAGUAAGAAAGGUAAACUGCCUAUAGUGAAUGAAGAGGGCUCUCUGGUGUCCAUCAUCGCCCGCACAGACCUGAAGAAAAACAGAGACUUCCCUCUGGCUUCCAAAGACUCCCGCAAACAGCUGCUGUGUGGUGCUGCCAUCGGCACCCACAAUGACGACAAGUACCGACUGGACCUGCUGGCGCAGAGUGGGGUGGAUGUAAUUGUACUGGACUCAUCCCAGGGCAACUCAAUCUUCCAGAUCAAUAUGAUCAAAUAUAUAAAAGAAAAGUAUCCAAACCUACAGGUCAUCGGAGGCAAUGUGGUGACUGCAGCUCAGGCUAAGAACCUGAUUGAUGCAGGAGUGGAUGCGCUAAGAGUGGGUAUGGGCAGCGGCUCCAUCUGCAUCACACAGGAAGUGCUGGCGUGCGGCAGACCCCAGGCUACAGCCGUCUAUAAGGUAUCAGAGUACGCCCGGCGUUUCGGUGUGCCGGUCAUCGCUGAUGGCGGCAUCCAGACUGUCGGGCAAAUUGCCAAAGCCCUGGCACUGGGAGCAUCCACAGUGAUGAUGGGCUCUCUUCUGGCUGCCACCAGUGAAGCUCCUGGUGAAUAUUUCUUCUCUGACGGCAUCCGGUUGAAGAAAUACCGAGGGAUGGGCUCCUUGGAUGCCAUGGACAAAAACCUGGGCUCCCAGACCAGAUACUUCAGUGAGAGUGAUAAGAUUAAAGUUGCUCAGGGUGUUUCUGGAGCGGUGCAGGACAAAGGCUCAAUCCAUAAGUUUGUUCCCUACCUGCUGGCUGGCAUUCAGCACUCCUGUCAGGAUAUCGGAGCCAAGAGCCUUACACAGCUCAGAGCCAUGAUGUACUCUGGAGAUCUGAAAUUUGAAAAGAGGACAACGUCAGCUCAAAUGGAGGGUGGUGUCCAUAGCCUGCACAGUUAUGAGAAACGUCUGUUUUGAGAAGAAGCCAGCCAUUCAGCCUACAGAUGGAGAGUCCUUCCCACAGAAACAUUAUGCAAAUGCACAUGCCAGACCAUCCUAGAUUAAUACUCUACAUUUUCACAAUUAACUUUUCAUACAAAUUAGUCUGUCAAGAUUUGACACACACACACACACACACACACACACACCCCUAAGGAUCCAUCAGUCUUCCUGCCAGUGUCAUCUAUGCAUUGUCUGUUUAGCAAAGUCGUUUGUGUGAGUGAAGGAGAAGUAAGCAUUUAUCAAUCAGUGCACGUGUGGUUGAGUCCUCCUUUGCCUUUCAUGUUUGGAUAACAUAAAAUGUCUGGUGUGUCCAUUGUAAGACAAAAAAUUUGUCUAAUAAUAAAGCAUGUUUUUCCAAGAGCCGC